CGCCGCCAACUGCAUGGUUCAUUUUCCUAGGAGCCCGGGCGGACAACUGCUGCGUCAACUUUCGUCAGCCCGAUUAACUUUGGAAUUGAACUGCUUCCAAUGUACGAAAUGCCGGCCAGUCUCAGAUCAGGCGUCUAGCAUACUGCGGAGAAGAUUCUCAACCUCUCUACGUCAACAUGAUCAGCAACACUAUGACCAAGCGGCACCAUACGGUAUUGCCAAAGAGAUACAGCAGUUGUUGCCGGAAUUUGCACUGGAAGAUCAUGUAGGAGAAGACGGGGAUAAGAUAGGUUUUCCCGAAUCUAUCCAUGAGGUGAAUCCGGAGGACCAAGGAAUGUUGAAAUCGCCAAGGUCCGUUAGCCAUUUCACCACCAUGCUACAAAAGGGUAGAAUUCGAAAAGCACGGAAGGUUGCACACAGUCCUGUUUUUCAGUCUGAUUUGGCACGUUUGUCCCAAAACGAUAUUGAGAGGCUCCUCCGUUUAACCGUCACAAUAUCUCUAUCUCAAAGAGCGACAAAUAUCACGAAACAGAAAGAUGGAGAGGAGCAUUCCACAAAAGCCACAUUUUCAGCGUCCUUACUGGCGAUUCGGAGGGUGUUACUUUCGACGUUGAUUACCACAAUAACAAACGGUCCAUCCGACUCGCGUCACGGAAGCAUUUCAGCAUCCCGAAGUGACAAUGGUCGAAAGUCCAUGGCAUAUGCUAGGGAGCUGAUUGCGGGUAGAGCUUUGAGAGAAUUUCUCAUAUCACCUGGUCCCUUUGACUAUCAGACUCUCAUCACUGCACAGGCUGCAAUUGGAGAAUUGGAUGGCGCGCAAGAGACAGUCAAAUGGGGUUUAGAUUUUGGGGUUAAACUACCACUGGCAUGCUUUCAGAUAUUGGCAAGCGAGCGGGCAAAGAGAUGGCACUGGGAUGGCGUUAGAUGGGUGUGGCAGGCGAUACAACGCAGUGGAGCACCUUUCCAUCGAGCUGGCACUCGCCUCCAACGCCAUUCUGCUAAAUCUGCAAAGCGUUAUGUGGACGCGUUAUCAGCUUUUGUUCAAUUGCAUGUCCAUGAUAUGGGGGAAGAGCAUCUGUCAGAUUUUCUCAAAAGGCACGAUCUGUUAGAUAUGAAUGAUAUCGGAGAUAUCAUCUGGUCCCGCCACCCAGAGAACAGAAAACCGCAAGCGGCUGUGCUCAAAGAUCUACUUCGAACUUUUUCGAGUUAUCCAUCUAGAGCUAUGGAUGUUUUUGCACUGCUGCGAGCUUUUACACAACCCUCCUCAGAGGAUUGCGCGAUUGUAAUUUCAUCCGUAACUUCGGAAAAUGACGAUCAGAAGAUAUUGGAUCUUGAUGAGAUGAUGCGCAAAGAUGCAGUAUCUCUCGAUACUGAAACUCGAAGUAUCAUCGAAACUGCGCGAGUUCGAGUGAAGCGACGUGCUGCACGAACUGGUGACAGCAACAUCCGUUUUGCCUUGCGAAGUGACCCUCCAAAGCUUAAGCUUGCUUGUCAAGAAUUUUAUCGUGCACGAGAGGAAGGCCGGGUUCUUCGUGCAGAAACCAUGAGCGAUUUGAUCACGUUCCAUGUGCGCGCUGACCGUAAGAAUGAAGCACUGGAGUUCUAUCAUACCAUGAAGUCAUGGAGUCAAACACCGAGCAGAACUGCGUAUGGAGCUCUCAUAUCUUCUGCGUUAAAGAAUAGUCACCUGACAAGAGUUUGGACGUAUUAUGACGAAAUGGUCAACUCUGAGGAUCCUGAAAAGCGCCCAAAUGCGCGGAUAUGUUCACGGAUCCUUGCCGCUAUUUCGAAGUCCCUGCCAGGUGACCUGCGUACUAAGGCCUCAAAAGUAGAGGAAGAGUGGAUGAGUAUGGUGGAGGACGGUGUUAAGCCGAAUGUGGAAAUGUGGAAUGUGGUUCUUUCAGCUCAUGCCAGUGCAGGUGACCUGAAAGUGGUUUUGAAGAAAGUGGCGCAGAUGAGUGAAGAAGGCAUCUUGCCGGAUGAGUUCACCCUUCAUGCGAUCAUAGAUGCACACAUCAAAAGCCGGAACAUUAAGGAAGCUAAGGGCUAUAUGGAGGAGUUCAUCGCGAAGACUAAGGUACAGCCUCUGCGGGCAACCAUCAAUCUUCUUGUUGCGAACAGUGCCGACACAGCGUCCGCCCGAGACCUUGUGAUCGAGGCAGAACAGCGGUUCGGAAUCAUGGCGGAUUCGUCCACGCAGAGCGCGCUAGCAUUUGUCGCUCGAACCGGCGCGGGUUCUCCAGGUACUCAAGAAGAGGCGAAUGGAGGGUCGACAUCUAUAUUCGAUCCUACAUUCCAAGCCAAUAUGUUGCUUUCCAAAGAAGACGACCCCACCAAAUUCGGCGAAAUCCUGAACCGUCCAGGUGUGAAGCCUGACGUCGUGACAUACACUACUCUCGUAGGCAAGCAUCUUCAUCAUGGUCAGCUUGCUGAAGUUGAACAACUUUAUGCACGCAUGAGGGAUGAUCCAGCUACAGCACCGCGACCCGUUACCUUCCACGUCUUAAUUCAUCACUUCUCCCAACUGGGUGAUGUCGUCAACAUGCGUCGAUACAUCCGGGACAUGGAGUCGGCAGGAGUGGUACCCCUGCCAAAAACAUACGCUAGCCUUAUCAAUGGCUUCUCUCGCGCGGGCGACCUUGUUACUGCUGAAGAUUUUGUCCUGAAACACAUGGUGGAACAUAACGUGGCACCAGAUGUGGUAGUGAUGAAUGCUCUGAUGAAUGCACGAGUCCGUGCGGGCGAUUUGGUAGGAGCGAGGAAUUGGAGGAGAGUUAUGAUGAAAAAAUGGAAGAUCGUGCCGAACGCUGUAACCUUCCAAGUGUUGAUUGAUGGAUAUUGCCAAAAGGGAACAAAGCAAGCGAUGAACACCGCUGUGAAAUUGUUGGAGGCCAUGGAAAAGGAUAGGGAUCCAAGGGUCAGGCCCUCUGACCAUAUUCCUUACACCACUCUGAUUGCUGGAUAUGGCAAAAUCGGUGAUAUGGAGAGCGCGCUAGCAAGAUUUACGGAAAUGCUAGCAAAGAACAUUAAGCCAGGGGUGGAAACUCAUAACGCAAUGAUUGGCGCAUAUUGUGCGGUAGGCGACUUUCGGGGAGCACAAGAAUGGUUUGAGCGGGCAUUUUUAAAUAACCAUCAGGAAGGCAACACAUCUCUGCACCCGGAUAGCGUCACGUUCUUUAUCCUCAUCAAAGCGCAUGCCGAUGCAAACGAUGCGGACGGAGUGGCUUUUUGGCUGGAUGCCAUGAACCGCGCUGGGAUAGUUCCAUCGCCGCCUAUUCGAAAUGUUGUUUUCGGGUGGCUAUGUAGAACGGGCAGGACGGAACAAGCUACUGAGUGGUUUGAGAUUAUCCGCAAGAGUGGACAUGUGGGGUCGCGGACGGUUGUUGCUGCCUUGGAAGCUUUCGCUAAGAAGCGGGAUCCUGAGAGUGCUGAGGAAUGGUUCUCCAAGCUGACAAGUAUAGGUGCUGAGAUCGACGUCAAAGCAUGGACAGCACUUGCCGAUGCGUAUGGAAAGAGUGGAGAUUUAGAUGGGGUAAAGAGGACUUAUGAGCGUAUGUUAGAGGUUGGUUGUGAACCAAGUGCAGUAACAUACCUGACCUUGUUGGAUGCUUAUGCGAAGAAGGGCCAUGAAAGAGGAGGACUAGAAUGGAUACAGAAAAUGACGGCGAGGGGAGUAGCUGUCGGAGAAGAGCAUGUUGUUGCUUUGAUGGAUGCGAGAGAAAGGGCCAAGAAUUUGGAAGGUGUCCGGGAGUGUUGGUCAUGGAUUCUGAAUCGAUCAUGGCCAGGACGAAAUGGGAAUAUGGCGCAGAGUCCCAACGGCGCGAACUCCAAGCUGCCGGAACCACGUUCUUCUGAGCGUGCAAAGAGCCAAAAACCCGCCGAGCCGACAGCAAAGCCCCUUCCUCUGCACAGAGCGCAAAUACCGGAAGCAGCUGCAUGUGUUUACCUAGACGCUCUCGGCCGUCACUCUACACAUGCUGACCUGCAAGAGGCCUGGCGAGAGAUUCAAACACGUGCACAAGCACUCAAGUAUGAUAUAACCGAAAACCAGGUGUCGUCUUUGGUCGAGGCAUUGGUGCGGCUCGGUCAAGUUGACGAGGCUGUGCAAGUGGUCUUAACUGAAAAGGCAGUGGGACAAAAGGUGUUGGUUGGCUUGAUUGGAGGUGUGAAAAAUAUGAGUGGGUUGGUCCAAGCACGGGCGACCCUCGAGCAAGUUCACGGGGUCGUUGGGCAAGAUGUAGCCAGGAGAGUGCGUGAGACGGUCUUGGCAGAAGUCUAGAUAGAUUACACACGAGGUAGUUCACUAGGUUUAUGUAAUCGAUUGUCCGUCCAUGCUUUGGUGGACAUCAUCCUCCUAUUUUCCAGAAAAAUAUUCAGAGCUAGUUCCGGCUACUGGCGUCGAGUUGACGGUGCCUGUGUGGUCAAGUACACGUGACUUUGGAGAUACCCCACGAUCUCACGGAGCCGCCGGCACCUUGGUACAAUUUUGUCAUCCACCAGGUUGG